AUGCGCAAACGGUCACGCAAGCAACCCAUCGUCUCGACAUCGCGUGCACCCCGCACCGCCACUGUCUCUCGAAAAACCACGCAGUCUACCAUCGCAACAUACCACACGCUCCUGAAGCGGCAGGCAUUUCUUCAACGACAGCUUGCAGCAGCAACAGACAGUGCCCGAGAAGGACUGGAAUCGCAAUUGUCCAAGAUCAACAGCGAACUGCAAGAUCUGGGUGGUAUCGAUGGAUAUCAGCAUGCCAGUACGUUGGGGCAAUCGUCCCAACGCGGCGGAGACACCUCCAAGGUGUUGAUCAUGUGGUUGGAAGAGCUUCGCAAAGGGGUUGACGCUCCACCAUCAAUCAAGAUGUUGGAGAUUGGCGCCUUGACACCAGACAACUAUGGCAGCUGCUCUAACUGGAUAGAGAACCACCCCAUCGAUUUGAACUCUCGGUAUCCCGGCAUUGUGGAACAAGACUUCCUCCAACGGCCGCUGCCAAGCGAUGACUCAGCUCAGUUCGACAUCAUCAGCUGCAGUCUUGUGGUGAACUUUGUGCCCGAACCUAAAGACAGAGCUGUGUCGGUCUCAUCUUCGACCCCGACCGUCGUCUCUUCUCUUCAUCGUCCUCCCUUUCCCAUGCGUGAACAAUUCGCGCUACCUGACAGCGGACUCGUUCAAGGGUCUGGUAUGUGCCCUAGGUUUCGAGUUGGUCUGCGAACGUUGGCACCCCAGCAGCAAGGUGGCGUAUUGGCUGUGGCGUUGGAAGGAGAGGAAUGGCAAGGAGGACCUGGGGCCAUGGAAGACCAAGACAUUGCUGAAUGA